AUGCGUCCGUCGGUCUUUAUCCCGAUCAUCACGUUUGGAUGGGGCGCGAUGGCGGCACUGAUAGGAGUUGCCCGGCAUCAGAGCCAAUUGAUUGCGCUGCGAUUCUUACUAGGAGUGUUCGAGGCGGGAUUCAGCGUAUCAAAACGAUUUAUCAUCUUCCUGACAGCAGGAAUCCUCUCCGGCGCAUUUGGCAGCGUCGUCUCCGGCGCCAUCACCUCCACCCUCGACGGCACCCACGGCGUGCGCGGCUGGCGAUGGCUCUUCAUCGUCGAGGGAACAGCCACCGCAGGAAUCAGCCUAAUCGUGCACUGGACUCUACUCGACUACCCGCACAGUAGCCGCGGUCUCACCCUCCAAGAACAAGACCUAGUGCAGCAGCGACUAAUCCAAGACGGCAUGGCCGAUCCCACAGGCCCAUCAUCACCAUCCGAGAACCGCGCUUCUCUCCUGACAUCCUUCCUCCAGGCCGUGUGCAGCUGGCGCACCUGGCUCCUCGUCCCAGCAUACAUGACCAUCCUCGGCACGCUCGCCAUCUCCUACUUCUACCCGACGCUGAUCAACGGCAUGGGAUACACCGCCACAAACGCACAGUACAUGAUGGCACCACUAUACCUCGUCUCUCUCGUCGCAAUCCCAGUGUGCUUCCUCGCAGACCGCAACCCGCACCUGCGAGGGGUAUUCCUCGUCCUCAAUCUCGGGACCGGCGUGGUGUUUUUCGCGCUCACGGCGGGGAUCCAGAAUUACACGGCUCGGUAUGUGUUUCUGUGUUUUAUCAACAUGACUAUCUGGACAGGCAAUGCGCUGGGCUUGUCCUUUGCGACUACGGCGCUGGCGUCGGUGACCCGCGAUGUUCGGGCUAUUAUGCUGGCCUUGAUGAACGGCAUUGCGGCGCUGGCGCAGUUGUAUGGCAGUGCGUUGUUUCCGGAGGACGAUGCGCCGGGGUAUUUGGUUGGGUUUGCGGUGCUUGCGGCGACCUUUGCGAUUGGAGCGGUUUUUUAUGGGGUGGCUGAUGUGUUGUUUAAACGGUAUCCGUAUAAAGGGUGA